AUGGCAACAUCAUUGCCUUCAGCACCUUACUUGUUUGGAUCCAAAAGUGUGUCCACAGCAACACCAGCAGUACCAUUUGGAUCAGCACUAGCUGUCUCCACUGCUUCAGUAGUUUCUGAUUUGCCAACAGCAUCAAGCUUCAGCACCCCUAAACUGGGACUGGCACCUUCUGUUACAUCAACUACAGACACCAAGAGGACAUCUACAGAAGACCUGCCAUUACCUUCAUCUAGUGCAUCAACUGUUAUGGCAACAUCGUGGUCUUCAGAACCCUUCUUCCUUGGAUCCAAAACAGUGUCUACAGCAACACCAGCAGUGUCAUUUGGUUCAGCAGUAACUGUGUCUACUGCAUCAGAAGUUACUGAGUUGCCAUUACCAACAUCGAGCUUCAGUUCUUCUAAAAAGGGGCUGGCAUCUUCUGUUAGAUCCACUACAGACACCAAGGGGACGUCUAAAGACGACCUGCCAUUACCUUCAUCUAGUGCAUCAACUGUUAUGGCAACAUCGUGGUCUUCAGAACCCUUCUUGCUUGGAUCCAAAACAGUGUCCACAGCAACACCAGCAGUGUCAUUUGUUUCAGCUCAAGCUGUUUCUACUGCAUCGGAAGUUACUGAGUUGCCAGUACCAACACGAAGCUUCAACAACCCUGAAAUGGGGCUCGCAUCUUCUGUUAGACCCACAAGAGACACCAAGGGGACAUCUACAGAAGACUUGCUAUUAUCUUCAUCUAGUGCAGCAACUGUUAUGGCAACAUCAUUGCCUUCAGUGCCCUACUUGUUUGGAUCAAAAAGAGUGUCCACAACAACACCAGCAGUACCAUUUGUAUCAGCAGUAGCUGUCUCCACUGCUUCAGUAGUUUCUGAUUUGCCAACAGCAACAUCAAGCUUCAGUGCCCCUGAAAUGGGACUGGCACCUUCUGUUAGACCCACUACAGACACCAAAGCGACAUCUACAGAAGACAUGCCAUUACCUUCAUCUAGUGCAUCAACUGUUAUGGCGACGUCGUGGCCUUCAGCACCCUUCAUGCUUGGAUCCAAAACAGUGUUUACAGGAACAACAGCAGUGUCAUUUGGUUCCGCAGUAGCUGUGACUACUGCAUCAGAAGUUACCGAGUUGCCAGUACCAACACAAAGCUUCAACAACAUUGAAAUGGGGCUCGCAUCUGCUGUUAAACCCACAAGAGACACCAAGAAGACAUCUACUGAAGACUUGCCAUUACGUUCAUCUAGUGCAGAAACUGCUAUGGCAACAUCAUUGCCUUCAGCACCUUACUUGUUUGGAUCCAAAAGUGUGUCCACAGCAACACCAGCAGUACCAUUUAGAUCAGCAGGAGCUGUGACUACUGCAUCAGAAGUUACCGAGUUGCCAGUACCAACAUCAAGCUUCAGCACUUCAAAAAUGGGGCUGGCAUCUUCUGUUAGAUCUUCUACACACACCAAGGGGACAUUUACAGAAGACCUGCCAUUACCUUCAUCUAGUGCAGCAACUGCUAUGGCAACGUCACAGUCUUCAGCAACUUUGUUUGGAUCCGAAACAGUGUCCACAGCAACACCAGCAGUGUCAUUUGGUUCAGCUCUACCUGUGUCUACUGCAUCAGAAGUUACUGAGUUGCCAGUACCAACACAAAGCUUCAACAACCUUGAAAUGGGGCUCGCAUCUUCUGUUAGACCCACAAGAGACACCAAGAAGACAUCUACUGAAGACUUGCCAUUACGUUCAUCUAGUGCAGAAACUGCUAUGGCAACAUCAUUGCCUUCAGCAUCUUACUUGUUUGGAUCCAAAGGUGUGUCCACAGCAACACCAGCAGUACCAUUUAGAUCCGCAGUAGCUGUCUCCACUGCUUCAGUAGUUUUUGAUUUGUCAACAGCAUCAAGCUUCAGCACACCUAAAAUGGGACUGGCAUCUUCUGUUACAUCAACUACAGACACCAAGGGGAAAUCUACAGAAGACCUGCCAUUACCUUCAUCUAGUGCAUCAACUGUUAUGGCAACUUCGGGGUCUUCAGCACCCUUCUUGCUUGGAUCCAAAACAGUGUCUACAGCAACACCAGCAGUAUCAUUUGGUUCAGCAGUAACUGUGUCUACUGCAUCAGAAGUUACUGAGUUGCCAUUACCAACAUCGAGCUUCAGUUCUCCUAAAAAGGGGCUGGCAUCUUCUGUUAGAUCCACUACAGACACCAAGGGGACAUCUACAGAAGACCUGCCAUUAUCUUCAUCUAGUGCAUCAACUGUUAUGGCAUCGUCACAGUCUUCAGCAGCUUUGUUUGGAUCCAAAACAGUGUCCACAGCAACACCAGCAGUGUCAUUUGGUUCAUCUGUAGAUGUGUCUACUACAUCAGAAAUUGCUGAGUUGCCAGUACCAACAUCAAGCUUCAGCACCCCUAAAAUGAGCCUGAAAGCAUCAGCUGGCUUGGAGACAGCAACGUGUCAGCCACCAUUGCCCAGCUCAUCUGAAGGCUCCUCACCUUUGUCCUCCAGUGAGAAGAAUGGUACAGAAGCAAUACCAACUAAUAACGCCUUGACUUCAGUAUCAUCCAGCAUGCUUUCCGGUGCAUACCCACAGCCACACCUUCCUAGACAAAAGGUGUCAACUGGCACAGACACGGCAUCAUGCCAGUCAUUCCAAGUUGCAGGUUCUUUGCCGUUCUCCUCAUAUGAGAAGAAUGGUAUGAAAGAAGUGGUACGAGCUGCAGAUGGCCUGUGUUCCAUUUCUUUCCGCAAUGAUGAUUAUGCUUGCAAACUUUCCUGUGUGAAUCUGGAGCAAGAGAUUCCAAAAGGAAAAGCAUUAACUGGCCCAGACAUAGCAGCAUGUCAGCCACCACUGAACAGCCCAGUCACAGACUCCUCACCUUUGUCCUCAAUUGAGAAGAAUGGUAAGGAAGAAGCAAUAUCAGCUGUAAAUGACCCGACUUCAAUUUCAUCCAGCAAUGAUGAUGUUGGCAAGCUUUCCAGUACGGAGCCAGAGCGAGAAUUUCCAAGAGAAAAAGUGUUGACUGGCCUAGACACAGCAGCAUGCAAGCCACCACUGACCAGCCUUGUGACAGAUUCCUCACCUUUGUCCUCAAUUGAGAAGUAUGUACACACCCAGGGCAUGAGCUUCCAAGAGGAAAAGCAUCAGCUGACUCAGACACAGUAA